AUGGAAGGAUUCUCAAGAAUCUUGGGCUCAUCACCAGACGGACAUUCAUAUGCCACAAUUCCUGUAGACUAUAGCACUGCAAUGGAAGACAAGAUCGUGGCAGAGCCCCAAGGCCAAGGGCAUCAUCCUUAUCCGUAUUCCCCCACCUACCCCCAACAAUCCUUCCAGCAGCAGCAAAAUGUUGUGUCACCGCAGCCAUCUAUCGGCCAGUUUCAACAUGCGCAGCCCAUCUCGCCGGAGUCCAUCUCUCAUCCAUCAUUCCCUCAAAACACUUCUGCAUGGUUUGACCCACAAAGCCCCAGCCUUCGAGACAGUCCCGGCUAUGACCGCACCUUUGACAGUCAUAGAAGUCUGAUGAGCCAUGAUCCCGCAAAUGUGCUCUACGAGAAAACCCCCGACGUUCACGUCACCAACCGGCAAACCAAUGAUGUCCAGCAUAAGGGCCCCUUUUUGUACAGGGCGAUGAAGAGCAAGUGGUCUAUGAUUGCUUGCUUGAUCAUUGGAGCUGCUGCUGCUAUUGGGCACCACUUCUUUUACAACCACCUCGACGGUCAGGAAGCAAAGAAUCAACAAUGGAUGCUCCGUGCUGGACAGCUCAUUUCCUUUAUCGCCAAUGCCAACUUUAUCCUCGCGGCCGUCAUGGCUCAUCAGCAAGUAGCAUGGCGAGCUGUAGGUCAAAAUGGAUUCUCAAUCCAUGCCGUCGACUCGCUGUUCGGUGCCACCCAUAACCUCGUCGAGCUUUUCAAUCGCGAAGCCUGGGCCAAGUCUUGGUUUGUCAUGUUUCUCGCUCUCUACAUGUGGCUUAGUCCCGCCGUUGUCAUUCUUACUUCAGCUACGUUAUACGUCGUUCCUGGCGAAAGCGUUCAAGACACUCUUUGCCCUUCCAUCCGCACUCUAAACUUUAGCAAUGAAGCAAAAGAGAGUUACCAGUCCCGCAAGAUGGCCGAAGGCGAGGCCAAGACCAUGACCGGUCGCUCUCUCUGUAGCUACAACUGGACGGCACUUGGUGGUAACGAAGCGCCUGGCGCCAAAACCAACGACAGUAUUUUCGAAUACUACAACGGUCCCUCGCCUAUUCUGAACCGUAUCGCUGCCGGUGUGUUCUCGAGCGGUCAGACAACUUACAAGGCCAACAUCUCAGAAGAGAUCUGCGGGGAGGGCUGGGAUUGCUCGACUACCAUCCAUUUCGUUGCCCCUGGAUACCAAUGCGAGGAGCUUGCUAACGGCGUCGGAUCCAGCAUGAAGAAGUUUGGUGACGCUGAGGCACCCUUUGAUCUUGAUAAGCUGGUCCCUGCUGGUAACUUUGCCUACUUCGCCAGCAACGAUCGCGGAGAGUAUAUGAAGCCGCAGAUAGACGAUGUCCGUAUAGGUGGCAUCCCUCCUCCAGAAGCCUUCCCUGACCUUCCUAAGAACCUUGGAGUUUUCAGGACCGAGCCUAGCAUCUGGAUCGGCUAUGCUACCGUCCAAGACUACACAAAGGAGCAUGCAAAGGAUAAUAAGACUGAUGGAUGGAACGACGACUACACUCCGAUCAUAUUUGCCUGCGAUCACUGGGAGGUGAAUUACACUGUGGAAUUCCACUAUACCGCAGGAUUUCAAACCUACAACAUCACUGAUCGCGAAUACAAGAAAAAGAUCAUCGACACAGAGUGGUAUAGCUGGACCAAUGAGUCUACUGAUGGAACAGCUGAUGGAAAUGUUGCCAAACCGGACAAGAACUACGUCAGCCCUCGCCAUGAUUUCGCGAGAUAUCGCCGAAUUGCUGCGUUUCACAGUCUGGGACUACUACUCCGCAACAUUCUCGCCGGUAAUGUUCAGGUUCAAGGUGGGUCAACAUCAGACGGUGCCAUCACCACAACCAACCUCCUUGACCGACACGAGACUCUCCCUGUUCAAGACCUCCAGAAAGAAGUGGGCCGCAUCUAUGAAGACCUCAUCAUUUCAUUACUCUCAGACCCGCAACUCCUUGCUGUAGCCUGGGCAGCAGACCCUUCCAAGUUGUCUGGCACUGGCGUCGGUCGUGAAGCCACCAACUACGCUUGCCAGCGACGCCGCAAGACCAACUUCUUUGACUACGGAUGGUCUAUUCUGAUUGCUGUGUAUUCUGUGUCUUUCAUCAUCGCAUCAGUCGGUGUUUACUACGGUAUAAAGGCGAUGACUAGCGAUGGCACAGACGCGCAGCGUGUCAUGACGUUUUCUACUAUUGCUGGCGCGACUAAGAAGGUCAGCGUGGACGAGGCUGAGGGAAGGGCUACUAAGAUCAGAUGUUUCCCUACUGAGGAACGACCAGGAGAAUAUGAGUUUAGAGCAGAAUUGGAGGGAUGA